CUUUCGAGGUCAAACUGGUCCAACAAAAAAAAAGUUGUAGUCAAACUUUUGAUUUUUCUAAGCUUCUUCGCUGAAAAGAUAAUUAAAAGGAGAGAGAGUGAGGGAGACGAUAGAAGUGACGGCAAGCUUCAGUUUCAGUUUCUGAUUUGCUUAAUCGGAGGAACUGUGUUUUGGGGAUUUCGUAAUGGCGAGGUCGCAGGAGAAGCUCGACAAGAUGAAGCUCCGGCAGGAUUACCGGAAUUUAUGGCAUUCCGAUCUCAUGGGCACCGUCACCGCCGAUACGCCCUAUUGUUGCUUGUCGUGUCUGUGUGGACCUUGUGUUUCAUACUUGCUUCGGAGAAGAGCACUUUACAAUGACAUGUCAAGGUAUACUUGCUGUGCUGGAUAUAUGCCUUGUAGUGGAAGGUGUGGAGAAAGCAAAUGCCCUGAACUCUGCCUUGCCACCGAGGUUUUCCUCUGUUUCGGAAACUCUGUGGCCUCUACCCGCUUUCUUCUGCAGGACGAAUUCAACAUCCAGACAACACAAUGCGACAAUUGCAUAAUUGGAUUUAUGUUCUGUCUCAGCCAAGUCGCUUGCAUAUUCUCUAUAGUCGCUUGCAUUGUUGGUAGCAAUGAACUUUCAGAGGCUUCUCAGAUACUCUCUUGCUGUGCUGAUAUGGUCUACUGCACGGUCUGCGCGUGUAUGCAGACACAACACAAGCUUGAAAUGGACAAAAGAGAUGGAGUGUUUGGAUCUCAACCAAUGGGCGUGCCACCUGCUCAGCAGAUGUCCCGGUUUGAUCAACCCGUCCCUCCUCCGGCCGGAUACCCGCCUGCAUCUUACCCACCCGCUCAAGGCUACCCGCCUCCCGGUUAUCCUCAACAUUAAGAAACCUUUAACCGAUAUCUUCAAUUUCUGUGUGAAAGUGUGUUUGUUACUCGGUAUAAGUGUGCAGAACUGUUAUGUUGUUCAGCUAUCUCCCUAUGUUAUGCGGUUUCUUUCUUUGCAAGCAUCAGUACUUGUUUCAUACCUUAAAGAGCUUUGGAUCAUCUGCUGUGUUGAUUUUGUUGGUACUUUUCUCCCAUUUACCUGAUGAACCGAAAUUGUAAAACCUUGAUGUGUGGGUUUAUUCUUUUAUGUUGGCAUUCUCGGAAUUAUGAUUUCCUCGCAAUUUCUUAACCAACCGGUUCAAAUCUGCAGAACCGCUUUUUUUUCGUAACCUUGUUUGUUCAGUUUUGCCCUCUCAUAAUAGGCAG